AUGGAUACGACUCCGGUUGAACAAAAUGGCAUUCUUCGUAGCCCCCCAGUGAGUUUGCCAUUGGUGCUGCAGGAUCCUGCUACCUCAAACUUGGAUGCAACUACUAGAUUCUACCUAGACUACUAUAACGAACGGAUAUGUCGACUUUUCAUUGUGUAUGAUAGCGACAGAAACCCUUUUAGAAGCUUGAUAUCUCUUGCUCUAGAUGACCCAGUCCUGCUGAAAGCGACACUCGCUCUCGCAGCUCGACAUCGAGCAAACACAGGUCGCUCUUUUUAUCAGUCCGAUGUGGCGACAUCUCCUGUAACGACUAAAUCUCACCGGGAUGCCCUUAUUUUCAAGUACCAAGCAGUGCAAGGGCUUUCGCGCAUUGUGAAUGAUGUCACCUUGCAUAGAAAGGACACCACAUUGGCCGCUGUAUUUCUUUUAAUCUUUCUAGAUCUCUUGGAAUCAGGGAGUGACAAAUGGAACUUCCACCUCGAGGGUGCCAAGAACCUGAUCACCCUAGAUCAGCGGCCCCCCGGGUCUCAUACUGGAGUCAAUCAAGGCGCCGGACGAACUGUCCAGGAGAUUCGAGACUUUAUCACCAGACAAAUCUAUUUGGUUGAAACUCUUGGAGGCACCUUUGUGCGGCCAGGGUUAUUGUCCCAAUUCACCACCCUGGAUCAAUUCGGCAGGCAGCUGCCAGAAGUCGUCGAACAGUCCUUUGUCGGGUGUCCAGAAUUCCUUCUCAAUGCAGUACAAUAUAUUCUGCGCCAGAGAGACGCCAUAGCAGGCCUGGAGCCGCUUACUAAAACGACCGUCCAUAACCGUGUACAAGAGAUUACCGCUGUGCUUGAGUCCAUUCAGAAAUUUGAUUGCUAUCUUUGGGCCUCAAGUCUACCACAACCGCAGUCUUUGAAGAGAGACUUGAAGAAUCUUUGUACCCUGUCCGAAACUUGGAAGAUCAGUGCUCUUAUAUAUGGACAGCGUGUCCUCGAUAUUCAUACUAACGAUGUUAGUCCGCAGGACAACCUUGUGUGUCAACUUAUCGAGCUGAUCGGCGCACUGAAAGACGACGAACUAUAUAAGUGUAUAUUGUGGCCAAUCUUUAUCGCUGGCUUGGAAUGCCGAUGGCAGACUCAAAGAGACUUUCUGGUUGGCUGUCUGGAAAAAUUUUGGACAGCUACCCAAUGUUACAACACGAUCAAUGCUGCCAAAAUCUUGCAGGCAUACUGGCAACAGGAGAGUCAACAGGAACCUUUUUCGCCGCAGUGGAUAUUCGACAUUGGCCACCUGGGCCGAGACUGGCUCCUAAUAUAG